AUGGAACAGAGGGCUCUGAAGAAACUGGUGGAGUCCAUCAGUAAAACUGUCAAGAGCUUCAAGAAAAGUGAAAUUGAAUGUCUCAUACACCUUUUCUAUAGCUUUGUGGAGAGACCCAGUGGAAAGCUUGUUAAUGCCAGGCUGGACUGCAACACAUUUCGAGGGAUCCUGCACAACGUAUUCGGAAUGACUGAUGACAUGUUAAUGAACAGGGUGUUCUUUGUAUUUGACAAAGACAGUGACAACUAUGUAAGUGUGCAAGAGUGGGUGAAAGGGCUGUCGGUGUUUCUCCGGGGGACUUUUGAAGAGAAGAUGAAAUUCUGUUUUGAAGUCUAUUAUUUAACUGGAGACGGUUAUAUUUCCCGGGAGAAGAUUUUUGACAUGCUGAAGAACAGUCUCUCCCAGCAGUCCCCUGAAGAAGACAAUGAUGAAGGAGUAAGGGAGCUGGUGGAGAUAAGCCUGAAGAAAAUGGAUCAUGACAACGAUGGCAAGAUCUCUUUUGCAGACUUUGAAAAGGCAGUGAGAAAGGACAGGCUUUUGUUGGAGGCGUUUGGACCAUGCCUCCCAGAUGCAAAGAACUGCCUUCAUUUUGAAGCCCUGGUAUUCAGAAACAAACCGCCUGCUAGUUUUUGAACACCAAUUGCUCAAAAACCUGAAUUAAAGUCAGAUCCUGAUUGUC